AUGUCAAAAAAAGCGGGGAAUCCAGAUCGUUUUAUCCAAGCUGGUGUAGAAGCAAAAGACAUGAUAACUUUUGAAGCAAUACUUAUAGUUAAAAUCGAGAAAUGUGACUGAUCAAUGCCGGUUUUGAAUGAUAUUUUGUCGAUAAAUGUGGAAAUGCCACUGAAUGAUGAAAAUAGUAUUAAGGAGCGAGCUUUGUUUCUGAUAGAAACGAUCAAACCUUCGUGGGAUCGUGAAUUUAUUUCAUUCAAAAUUCUAACUGGCGGAAUAACAAAUAGAAUUUUAUGUGCUACGUAUACUCCAACAAAUAUCACUGAAGAAAAGGAACGAUUGCUGAUUCGAAUUUAUGGAAAUAAUACUAGUAAAAUUAUUGAUAGAACCAAAGAAAUCAUGAACUGGUUAUUUUUGGCGUCACAUGGCUGUGCUGCUGAAGUUUAUGCAAGAUUUUCCAACGGUAUUAUCAGUGGCUUUAUUCCAGGAAACACACUUACUGUUGAUAACAUAUGUGACGAAAAUAUUGUUACAAAUACUUGUAAAUCGCUUUCAAAAAUGCAUAAGUUGAGGCCUGAUACAGGCAGUGAAACGAAGCCAGUAUUACUUUUUAAAAUCAGGCAAUACUUGGCCAAUUUCUCUGAUAAAUAUGAGGAUGAAAAUCAGCAACUGCAGUUCGAUAACUUCUUCAAACAAAAUGAAAUUUCAUUUGUGAAUGAUAUGGAGCGAUUAGGAGAAAUCAUCGAUCAACAACAAUUCCGAAUCGUUUUUUGUCAUAAUGAUUUGUUGAUUCACAAUAUUAUCCAUGACAAAAAAACUGGUUCCGUUAGUUUUAUUGAUUUUGAGUACGCUGAUUACAAUUAUCAAGCCUUCGACAUAGCAAAUCACUUUUGCGAAUAUGCUGGUGUGGAAAAUUUCGACUAUUCUCGUUGCCCGGACGAGGAAUACAAACGUAUUUGGAUCACGAAAUAUCUUAACUUCUUUUUGGAAAGAAAUCCUACAGAACAUGAAAUUAAUUCUUUACUUCACGGCUGUAAUGUCUUUGAAGCGGCUUCACACUUCUUUUGGGCUCUUUGGGCCUUGGUUCAAUCGCAAAUAUCAACUAUUAAUUUUGAUUAUCUGGCAUACGCGAUUCAAAGAUAUCAGCUUUUCCAAAAAUGCAUGCUUGAAAAUGGAUUGAAAUAUUGA